UCGCGAACCGCCGUGUUGAUUACCUUCGGGUGAAGAAAUUUAGACGUCUGGAAACAUUCAUCUCCUGUCACUCGUACGAAUCGGUGUGUUCGGAACUUACCUUAUUUUUCAGCUCUCCACUGCCAAAGUGGCGGCAGGCAGAUUGUGCUAAGUUAUUUUGACAUUACGCGAUGAGUGCGUGAGGUGUGCCGUUCGCCGCAGCCUACUGUGAAGCGAGUGAAGCAAGUGAAAAUGUUCUUUCGAAGAGUGUUUGCGAAAAAUAAUAGCAGCUCUUCGACAAGUGGGGAAGGCUCGAGUAAUUCGUCGAACAAUGCAUCGGGUACUUCCCCGGCCCGCUAUCGACGGGUGCUAAACGUCGAGGAUAACCAGCGGGUCCUAUCGGUGCUGCAGUUAACGCCCCUCUGGGAGUAUAUCAUCCGGAACAAUGAGCUCCCGGUGGGACUUAAUAUGAACGAACUUUUUCGGGAGUUUCUCGAACGGUUGCAUGAUCCCGAGUACCAGGUGCGGCAGCAUUCGCUGCGAGUUUUAAUUGAUGUGCUGAUUGUGCUUCGCGAUGAGUCCGACGUGUACUUCGGGCCUUUGUUACCUCCAAUCAUUGACAAUCUAGGCCAUCCUUCGCCAGCGGUGAGGAAGGGUGCCCUCGAUGUGCUAAAGGUUUACAUCGCACAAACUAAAAUGCCGGAAACUGUGAUGUUGGAGAUUAUGAAUUACGGCAUGGAUCGGAAUCCGAAGGAUCCCCUCAGUACGAGAUACAUUGUCGGUGUGAUGCUUGCCUUACCGUCACUGAUCCAGCCGGCGAUCUUGACCGCGAAGCGUACAUUUAUUUUACGUGCUGUUAUCAAUGCUUUGGGUGGUAAAAUGGUUCAGAUUACUUACCAGGAAAUCGCACUGAAGAUUUUGCUUAAAAUUAAGAACACAAUCGGCUCGCGGGAGUUCUAUGAGUGUAUUUCAAUAUCCUACCGGAGGGAUUUUGAUUUGUUGUGUAAUGUCUACGGGUUGCCGAACCCUCCGAAGAGUCCCCGGCGGGAAAAUGUUAUCAACUUGACUCCACCCGGUUCGGAGUUACCAAUGAGAAAAUCUUGGAAACCGCAUGUACCCCAAGUACCCACUACUGAAGUCCAUCGGCCAACGCAGCCUCUAUCGCCGAAGGCACAGCGGUGGAAAUCCGGUAGCUACAAUGAUGUGUCUCGGCUGGACAGCCCGGAGGACCGGAUCAAUCGCAGCACGUACGCUAUCAGUAAGCUUCCCCAACAUGGCAGCUCGGUUGUUCGGCGGGUGAGUGUUGAUAACAUUGAUCGAAUCGAUGAUUCCAAAGUGAUCAUGGAAACAGAGAUAAAGAUCAACAAAGAAUCGGUUACAAUGCGCAUUUUGGAAGCGGAAAAUUUGCAGUCUAUUAGUGAUGAAAGUGAUGAGGAUAUCUCCAAACGGUACGGAAUUGUGCGGGUGUUGACUGAUAGUGAAAUAGAUGAAAGUGUCGGUACUAAAGCUACUUCUAGUGUGCUUCAGGAACAGUCUUCCGAUGAGUACGUAAGAAGAACUCCCAGAAGGGUGCGUUUCGGUGGGGAGAUUGUGAAAAUGAGGACACCCGAUAGUGACACGUUCGAACACAGUGAUCAAGACGGUUUGACGGUUUCUCAGUCGUCGAGUUCUAGUGCACAUUUGAACAAUCAAAACUCUUCGGUAACUGCUAGCUCUUCCACCCGUUCGUCUCCUGUGAUGCAACGCUCCGCACUGAAAUCUUCUUCGAUCUCUUCAGCCGAUCACUCGUCCUCGUCGCUCAGGAGACAGUACUCACAGUCAGCGGACACCGAGCGAACCUCACCACCGAUUAGCAGCGAGUAUAUUACAAACCAUCAGAGAUCCAUAUCGGCCAAAAGUAGCAGUUAUUUAACUACCGAUGAUAUUCCAAAUCCUCGACAAGCUGCUUUUGCCCGACGGCGAAGUGUAACCUUCGACGAAGAUGAAAUGCGAACUUCGCUUUUAUCAAUGACAACCCUGGAACAGUCAAAUUCAAUCUCACCUACACCGGAGCCCCCUGAAGUUACGAGGCAACCCACAGAAAGGCCAAAAACUUCAAGGCCAAGAUCCGGACGAACACCAGCUAGCCCAAAAAAUGUUCCUAACCAAUCACUGCCAACUGAUGAACCGCAACCAGUAGCAGACGAAGAAAAACCGGGAAAUAAAUCCCAUCCCGGAACACCGGACAAUCAGAGUCACCCUGAGCCGCCAGAAACUAAUCACACUCUGGUGGAAAAAAUCGAAGAGGUCAAGCAAGCCAUUCAGGGCAUUGAGGAGAAGAUCAACAACGUUGUACUGAUGCAUGUCGAACCCAUGAUCGAGCUCCCAGCAAGCCCCUCAAAACUGCAGAAAACAGAAUCCGCCGACUCGGCAACCAUAGCUUCACCGAAGCUACACACACCGAACCUUUCCUUGGAAGUACUACUGAAAACCAGCACCGAUACCAAGGAGAAUCUACAGUCUAAUGACGGUGUCGGAGAGAAAAAUGACGAAAAGGAUUAUACCAAGGAACUAAACAUCGACAUCCCCUGCGAGGAGAAAAUUAAUAACAAUGACCCGCCCCCGGCGGAAAAGCCUCCGGCGACAUCCAAGAUCCCCAAAAUGGUCAAAACGGGCGUCCCAAAGUUAAACACAAUGCCGUCCCCUAGGAGGUUGAAAGCUCCACCGAGAGUCGACGGUUCAACGUUAUCCCCCGGGAAGCUACUGACCGUGGACAAUAGUAGCCGGUCCCGACGCCGGACUCGAUCGGCAACUUCGGUAACCUUUAAACGAAGCACCUACGUGAGUCCUUCGUCUCUGAGUCCGGCACAGCACAGUGGCAUAGAGAUGAUCCACAACCUGGUUCGAAGUCCGUCAACCUCACCUAACCGCGUUCGGCGCAAAAACUCCACCACAAGCGACAAAAAUAACAACAGUCUUGAAGUGAACAAUCUGAACGGAACGAAGAGCGACAAGUGCGUCAACGUCAACGAGGAUGACAUUUUCGAUAUUUACGGCAAGACGAUAGCUACUCAAACGUCGGUGGAUGAAACCGUACCGCCGUCCGGAACCGACAACGAGUUUGUUCGACCUCCGGAUAAAACCGCAGAUAUUGUGAACAAUAAUCUCCCGACAGUAGCUCCACUUACCGACGGAUCGUCUCGUUCAAGCUCGCCAAAAGUGCUGCUUCCUAGAAUCAUCCACUCGUGGGAGGAUCUGGCCAUCGUGGAUCGAUCAACGCUUCUUCAGCUGAAAAGUGGAGACUGGCGGAUACGGUCGGAAGGUUUCUGCGCCAUCGAAGAAUCACUCAAAUCGUCCGACAAUCUGGCCAAGGUUCAACCGUACCUGGAGUCCCUGCUGCGAACGUUACUGUCAUCCGAGCGAAACCCGGACGUCAUCGAGGACAAGGUGCGAAUGAUGGUCAACUUGGUCUCGCGGUUGCCCCUGGAAAACCUUGAAGAUCGUGUCCAGCAGAUUAUGAUCGGUCUGUGCCGGCAGGGCGGUCCCGGGAGCAACAAUGUCGCGAAAGCGCUCAUGCAACGGCUUCCGACGGCGGCGAUUGUCCAGCGGUUGCUGUCCGAUGAGUUUCUCCAUGCCAAAAGUUCGAAGUUUCGUGAAAAUGCAUUGCAAAUGGUUCUGUUUGCUCUAAUGACAUUCCCCAGCACGUACUUCGAUAUCAAAACAUUGAUAGCGAGAGCCACCGAGGCAGCACUGGACCGGAAGAAACGAGUGCGACAUGGUGCCCUCGAUGUGCUAGCCGUGUUAGGCCAAAUCAGUUCGCCUAAACUGGUCCUAGACGUAGUGUGUACCUCCGUGGCCCAACGUUCGGACGGCAAUCAUUUGAUAGCGGCCGUAAAGGCUCGACUCGCCCGCAAGCAGCUUCCCUUUAUCGGACCGGACGGCAGCGUGGAGUACGCACUUAAGGUUCCCUCCUGUCGGAACAGUACCGUUAUCAUGUUUGGGGCCGAUGUUGACUGGAUCGAAUCGGGCAGCGGAUCGGCAUCGCCAACGUCGGUUCGAUCGACCAAAAACUAUCCCAGUUUUCAGGUGGAUAAUGGGUCCUUUGAUAAUGAGUAUAAGAGAAAACCGAGCUUCCAGGUGUUUGACGAAGUAAAACAGCCAAUCGAAAGCAGUAAAGUUAUUACCUCCGGCUGGGCGUCCAAAAUUCCAGUGAGCCAAACGGACAAUAAUAUUGCCGCUAACAGCGGAUCGAGACCUUUCUAUGGCAAUUUGCAAUCACGGUCAUAUCCGGAGCUGCCAGCCGAGCAGCAGCAACAGCAGCAGCAGCAGCAGCGAAAAGUCUCCACCCUGAAUGGCGGCAGCAAAUCGCAACCAAACGGAACCGGUAACAUACGAGCUGGCAAACAAGCAUUCAAUUCAAGGUUUCCCGAAAUGGACCACCUGAAGCAGAACGGACGGAUGAACGGUGGAAUGAGCGUCAACCCGUACGAAAUGAAGCCUAGCCGGCCGAUGCGCAGCAGGCUGUGCACCAGGAUGAGUGACGGUUUCAUGAGUGACACGAUUGCCAAUGCCAAACGAAUCCUGCAGAGCGACUCCCGCCCAUCGACGGAUCCAGCCAUUGAUAAUGGAGCGAUUCGCCAAUCACGGAAUGGAAUGAGGUUUUACAAUCCCAACAUGAUGAGCAGCAGCAACAAACAACAAGUGAACACGCAUGUGCAGAAGCUGGAUCUGGAUCAGCGUCCCAAUUUAUCACCGAACAAAAACUACGGCAACGUCGGUCACUACCAAAACAACAAUAACAACAGCAACCACCACAACAGCAGUGGACGUUUCUUCGCCACGGCAGACACCACCGAGACACCGUGUCGGCCGCGCUUCCUGGGGGAGGAGGCAAUGGGCGAAGGUGCCAGCAGCGGAAUCAAUCAGGAGAGCUACAUUAUUCAUCGUGACGAACAGUACGAUAGUGAGAACGAUGAAAAGUCUAGCAAUGACUCGACCUCGACACGAAUCAUCUCCAACAGCACAUUUAACUUUGGCAGCCAGGGCAGCGACCACUAUCCGCCCCAAUCCAGCCACCCCCCGUCGAUUCUUUCCUCGCGACCCCAAUCGGUCGCGUCACGAAAAUCGGCCGGUUCUGGCAUUCUAAAAACUGACGGUCGACUGUCAAGAACAAGCAACAUUUCGGGCAGUAAUCCAUCCCUGAGACAAACCACUGAUAACGCCUCCGUCCGAUCUAAUCGCUCCGCCAAAAGUAGACAAACUGAUAUGUGGUACGAACGGGAAGGAACUCCGGUACGGAGCGAAGAUGUGAUAAGCUCUAAUCAGGUGCAAUAUGAGUCCGAUUAUGAUGACGAAGUCGAAGAAGAACUUGUGGUAGAACAGAAACGUACGAUAACUCCCAAACGAUUCCCUACUCCUAGUCCCCAUCCGCUCCAGACUUCAUAUUCAACCGAAGAACUGUCCAACACCAACUACCAUCAAGUGGAAGAUACCGAAAUAUCCCCACCUAAAAGCCGAAUACAGUCGGCUAGUUUGAGUAAUUUACAGCAGCUUGAAGACGCCGACAUACCGGAACCGCCGAUGCCAGCGAAGAAAAUCCUAAAGAAACCGUAUCUCGCACGAAAAACCAGCAGAGUAGCCCCCGUCAAAGCUGUGGUCACUGGCAUCAAGGUUAAGAACAAGAUGAAUGAGAUUCUCUUCCAAAAAAAUAUGCGAAAAUUUGAUAAACCAAAGGAUGCUCUCGCAAACUGUAUCCAACAUCUGGAGAGUCCAAACUGGGAGCAGAACGUCAGUGGACUGCAGUUUUUCGUCCGCCUCAUUCGCCACCAUCCGAACAUCAUAGAUUCGCAGAUUCAUCUCCUAUCGGCGGCAUUGGUCAAACAGGUUCGCAACUUGCGCUCCCAGGUGGCCCGGUCUGCCUGCCAGGCAUCGGCGGAAUUCUUCUCCACCCAUCGGCGCUGUAUCGAGGGUGAAGCGGAAGACAUCGCUACCCACUUGCUGCACCGUACGGCUGACACGAACAAAUUCCUACGUGCCGAUGCGACUCACGCGUUGGAAUCGAUGUGCGAUAAUCUGUCGCACUCGAAGGUUAUUCACAUAAUCGCGUUCAAGGGUGCGACCCACCAGAAUGCCGUGGUCCGCACGACAGCCGCCAAGCUGCUGGAUAAAAUCGUUCACCAACUUGGCCCCGAUAAGGUAUUCUCACUGCCCAAAGAAUCCCGGGACAAGCUGGUGCUGACCGGGGCACAACUGCUGCUCGAGGGUUCCCUCGAGACGCGCAACUACACCAAGAGCAUGUUCAAGCAGCUCUCGGAGCACCCGAACUACAACAAAGUAUUACUGGAGGUUAUUCCGACGCGCAUCUACCGGAACAUUGAGAAAGCGCUGAAGAGUAUCCGCCAGAUGUAGACGGUAGACGAGAGAGGGUUCUUGUGCUGUUGAUGCGAUGUUAUUGAUGUAGCACGAAGUUUAGAAUAAAGGGUUAUAUUUUGCUUAAUUUUUUUUUCUAAGGUAUGUGGUAAUAAUAACUGUACAA